UCUACUUUCCCUUUGGUAGCAAGUCUGAAUUUUUGCGGAGCUCGAAAUACAUAAUUUAAAGCCUAGAAAAAAAAGGAGGAAAAGAUGCCACGCAGACAGAGAAGCGCUUCGGCCAAGCCGAGUACCAUCAGUCAUUUGCCAGUGGUGCUGCCCACCACCCGGAGUUCGGAGAUGAUCUUUAAGGACGUGGCCGCCCAUGCGGCGGGCGUGGCAGCAGGAUCAGCCGUGGGUCAUGCCAUUGGAGCUGGGAUAACCGGAUUGUUUAGGGGGCGUGGCCAGCAGCCGCAUCACAGCGAUCUCGUGGAGGAAGGUCCUUGCGCCAAGGAGAUGAAGCAGUUCCUCAAAUGCACCGAGGAAAAUGACGAUCUCAACGUGUGCAAGGAGUUCAACGAUGCGGUGCGACGUUGCCAUCGCCAUUAUAAUAUUUAGAAAUGAAGAAUCCACUUUUGGUGAUUUAAAUAUUUGAGUUUUUCAAAUUUCUAAAUUAUUUCAAAUGUUAAAUAAAUUGUA